UUGAACCAGGAUCUUUGCUAUUUAAAAUCUAAUUAUUAAUUUAGAGUGUUAUAAGGACAUGUUAGGGCACUCUCAAAGUAUACAACCCUUUUCCUUGUGACCUAUGUAGAGGCACGUUUAUCCCAAACAAGGUGCAAAAACAAGGAAGUGCCAACUACAAGAGGAGCGUUUAUAACAGUGGCGCUGUCAUUUUUAGAGCUCAUAAUAACACAUGUGUUCAGUUUUCGGGCGCAGGGUCCGCCAUGGCUGACAGGCGCUGCAAUCAAGUGGCGCUCUGGCACAUAAGAGUAAUUUGAGCGAUUUACACAGCAUCGCGUGCGAACUCACCGCUUGUCGUGACAGCGGGACAGAUGCUUCUCAGGCAAAUGCUGCCUUCAGUGCGGGGAGCGUGGACGCGCCACGGCGCAUGCUCUCCUACCUCUCCCGACCGGCGGAGGAUGAGAACUGAGCCCUGCUCCACAACGGGGAUCUCAUGAUGGAGAAGGAAGAGGAGGGGGAGUCCAGUGGCAACAACCAUAAGACUCAAGUCAUACUGCACCUGCAGCCCAUCUUGCACGGGGGAAAUUAUGACAUUGCAGAUACAAGCAGCACAGUCUUGGCCAUAGAGACCCAACCUGAAGACAGCAAAUCACAGGGUGACAGUGUGGAAUAUGGCUAUCCCAUCACUUGUGGAGAAAGCAGAGCUGUUUUACUCUUUAAGAAGUUUGUGUGCCCUGGAAUCAACGUUAGAUGUGUGAAAUUUAAUGACCAGCUUAUCAGUCCUAAGCAGUUUGUACACCUGGCAGGGAAAGCCACUCUGAAGGACUGGAAAAGGGCCAUCAGACUGGGCGGGGUUAUGCUCAGAAAAAUGAUGGACUCCGGCCAGAUAGAUUUCUACCAGCAUGACACGGUGUGCAGCAACACAUGCCGCAGCACCAAGUUUGACAUGCUGAUCAACAGCACGCAGCUUCCUCUGGGAACGUCAGUGCAGCCCAACCCCUCAUGUUUGGCUCUCGAGCCUCUUGGAGGACAGGUGCCUCCCCUGACAGGAGAGGUUCUACAUGAUUCAGCUGACAUAGAUGAGUCUUUGGAUGAUAAGUUUGGAGGAGAGUGGAGCACUGCAAACACCACCACAGCCAAUGGACAUGCAAAGAGGAGGAGGACUGACACACCUGAUGGCAUAUUGAGCCUGUGGAAGGGCGUUGCAGAGUGUGGACUGAUGGGCGGCGUCCUCUCCGGUCUUCAGACGCAGUUAUUGGCCACUCUGAAAGGACUUGAAGUUCGCACUGAGAAAGAUGAGCUGCAGGAGAUGGACGCCAUCAUACUAAAUUCCCUGUGUGAGAUGUUUGGGCUUUUAGACUCUGUGAAGCAAGCGCUGGAGCAGCGGUGCAGCCAGAGGGAAGAUAACAAAGUUGAAAACGAUGGCGUUUAUGAGCUGGAGGAGCUGUCAAAGGAAAGGAGGAAGCAGGCUUGGAUUAAAAAUCCAUCCUACAAACACACGUCCCACAAGCACCUUCGACCCCAACGCAACCAGCCAUCCAAUAGUCAGCUGUCACCCAUCAUCAGCAACACUGUGAUCCAGCCACUCUCCCUUUUGGGCUUACCUGCACCGCCGUACACUCAUCCACCCUCCAUCAACCCUCAGCACGUCAGCCACUUCCUUGCUCAAAGAGGGCUACGAGGAGGGGCCGGGAAGAACGAAGAGAGGGCGCAGGCGCUCUGUGAGUCGGGCAAAGCGGAGAAGGUGCUCAGGCCAGGACAAGAACUAACCUUGGGUAUCCACCAAGGUCUUGGACAGAGGGGGUGCAAGCUUCAGCCUCAGUUAGGAAGUGAGGAGGCUGAUGAGGGAGAGAGCUUGCAUGACUUUCAAAAAGUGGGUUUGGGGAGGAAGGGUUUGAAAAAACUUAAAAGUAAAUGAAACAGAGAGAGAUAAUCCCAAAGUCUAAAGCGAUUUCUAAACUGUUUGUCUGUUCGACUACUUUCAUAAUCAGUCUUUGGUGACUGUGUUUUCCCUUGUGUAAAAGUAGUUAGAGAAAUGUGAAAAAAUUGAACAUUUCUUACGAUAUUUGUAAUCAAGAAUACUUUUGUGAGUGAUUGUAUAAUUGUAAGUGUUGAGUUUUUUAUUAUGCAAAUUUUUAAACACCAACAUCUCACUCAAGCUUGUGUAUAGUCACAAUAUACUAAUGGGUAUAGUUGCUGUCCAAUUAAAAGCAUGUUGUUUUGAGAGUUUUUCUGACUAGUUUUUUGACUACAAAAAGAGAUACUAGAUCCAUGCUUUUAAUUGCACAGUGCACAGUACACUCAAUGCCUGAUGAAUAUUCUGAAUUUUUUACAGCUACAGUAUAAAUUAAUGAAUAAUCUUCCUUUACAAUUGAAAAAAGUCAAAUAUGAUCUACAUUGUGUUCAGGCGGCGUUUCAUUUCCAAAAUAGCCCUGUAUGAUUAAUGGACACAUUUCAAUAAAUCUCUUCAUGGUUAAAGCUGUAUUUCUUUUAAAUGCUAAUGUCCUCCGGGUAAUGCUCCACUGGUGCAGUCUCAAUUGUUUCUUUUUCCUUUGCUGCUAUAAUGUGCUGGAGUUUAGAGGGUAAAUCAAUAUCAGAUUAUCCGCAAAGCUGCCCUUUGAGUAUUGACCUUUCAAGCAUGUUGAUCUUGAGGUUACACACACAAAUCACUGCUUUCAAAUAAUCUUUUUUUGUCCAAAAGUGCAGUGCGCUGUGUGAUGUACGUCCAACAGAACCCUCCAUUAGCUUGCUGUUACCCAGUGCAUAUCAUCUCAUGUGUCAAUACACUGGCAGCUGUUUUAAAUGUGAGUAUUUAGUCACUAUGAAGUUUUACGUAUCCCCACUUUUGAUUCAUAUUUUACACAUACAGUGAAACCGCCAAGGUGAAUCCCCACUAUAAGUGGUACAAUUUGGCAAGCAAAAAAAAAACAUUGAAACAUCUGCUUCCAAAGAACAAAACUGGACUUUAACAGCAAAUCUGACUUCAGCCCAGUGAGCAUCUCAACGAUAAACUCCACAAGUAUGUUUUACUUUUUCUUUGGCUUUUUAAAAACCUUUUCUGGAUAGCUAUGAUGGCAUAGAGGACUAGUGUGAUGAUAAUCAUACAACUUAUUACUACAAUAUGAGCAAUACAGUUAAUGAAAUCUCAUAUGACCAAGCAGGUAAACAGAAAAGCAUGUCGCUGAAGGAAUAAUGACUGAUAAUGGCUAAUGACUAGCACUAGCAGAUGUGUUAUGGGUCAUUCCUACAAUUCGGUGCCAUUUGCCAUUCGUCCUUUUUAGUUAGACUCGGACCUUUAGGAACGAAUUAAUGUUGCUAACCAAUGUUCUGCUGUAGUUCCAGAAGGUCUGACUAACCAAAACGUUCGCUAACCAAAUCAAUUUUUCCCAUAAGAAAUAAUGUAAAUCCAAUUAAUCUGUUCUAGAAAGCCAAAAAUGUUAACACAAAACACGUGGUUUUGCAAUUAUAGUUUUACACACAGAAAACAAUUUGAAAUGCAUAUACACUAACUGGUCCAAAACGUUUUAGAACACUCCAAUUUCUCUGGAGGAAAAACC